AUGAUGGAAGACAAUAAGCAGCUCGCGCUCCGCAUCGAUGGGGCGGUCCAGUCGGCCAGCCAGGAGGUGACCAACCUGCGAGCCGAACUCACGGCCACCAACCGGAGACUGGCGGAACUGAGCGGCGGCGGCCCCGGUCCGGGCCCGGGAGCGGCGGCCAGCGCCUCGGCGGCGGCAGCGGACUCGGCGGCGGCGAACAUGGAGAACCACCAGCACGGCGCGCAAGUGCUCCUGCGGGAAGAAGUGGCUCGGCUUCAGGAGGAGGUCCACCUUCUCCGCCAGAUGAAGGAGAUGUUGACGAAGGACCUGGAGGAGUCCCAGGGCGGCAAGUCCUCCGAGGUCCUCUCGGCCACCGAGCUCCGGGUCCAGCUGGCCCAGAAGGAGCAGGAGCUAGCCAGAGCCAAAGAAGCCUUGCAGGCCAUGAAAGCCGACCGGAAGCGCCUGAAGGGCGAGAAGACGGACCUGGCGAGCCAGAUGCAGCAGCUGUACGCCACGCUGGAGAGCCGCGAGGAGCAGCUGCGCGACUUCAUCCGCAACUACGAGCAGCACCGCAAGGAGAGCGAAGACGCCGUCAAAGCCCUGGCAAAGGAGAAGGACCUGCUGGAGCGCGAGAAGUGGGAGCUGCGGCGCCAAGCCAAGGAGGCCACGGACCAUGCCACGGCGCUGCGCUCCCAGCUGGACCUCAAGGACAACCGGAUGAAGGAGCUGGAGGCCGAGCUGGCCAUGGCCAAGCAGUCCUUAGCUACACUGACCAAGGACGUCCCCAAGCGGCAUUCCCUGGCCAUGCCGGGUGAGACGGUGCUCAACGGCAACCAGGAGUGGGUGGUGCAGGCGGACCUCCCGCUGACCGCGGCCAUCCGGCAGAGCCAGCAGACUCUCUACCACUCACACCCUCCCCACCCUGCAGACCGGCAAGCGGUCAGGGUGAGCCCCUGCCACUCACGGCAGCCCUCUGUCAUCUCCGACGCGUCUGCCGCCGAAGGCGACCGGUCGUCCACGCCAAGCGACAUCAACUCCCCUCGGCACCGGACACACUCCCUCUGCAACGGCGACAGUCCCGGCCCAGUACAGAAGAACCUGCACAACCCCAUUGUACAGUCACUAGAGGAUCUUGAAGACCAAAAACGGAAAAAGAAAAAAGAAAAGAUGGGAUUCGGCUCCAUCUCCCGCGUCUUCGCCAGAGGGAAGCAGCGGAAGUCCCUCGACCCCGGCCUCUUUGAUGAUUCGGACAGCCAGUGCAGCCCCACACGGCAGAGCCUCAGCCUGUCGGAGGGGGAGGAACAGAUGGACCGACUGCAGCAGGUGGAGCUGGUCAGGACCACCCCCAUGGCCCACUGGAAGGCCGGCACCGUCCAGGCCUGGCUGGAGGUGGUCAUGGCCAUGCCCAUGUACGUCAAGGCCUGUGCGGAAAACGUGAAGAGCGGGAAGGUGCUGCUGAGCCUGAGUGACGAGGACCUGGAGCUGGGUCUGGGCGUGUGCAGCUCCCUGCACCGGCGGAAGCUCCGGCUGGCCAUCGAGGACUACCGCGACGCAGAGGCGGGCAGGAGCCUGUCCAAAGCCGCUGACCUGGACCAUCACUGGGUGGCCAAGGCCUGGCUGAAUGACAUCGGGCUAUCCCAGUACUCUCAGGCCUUCCAAAACCACCUGGUCGAUGGGCGAAUGUUGCACUCCCUGAUGAAGCGGGAUCUGGAGAAACACCUGAAUGUGUCCAAGAAGUUCCACCAGGUCAGCAUCCUGCUGGGGAUCGAGCUGCUGUACCAAGUGAACUUCAACAGGGAGGCCCUCCAGGAGCGCCGUGCCCGCUGCGAGACACAGAACAUAGACCCCGUGGUCUGGACCAACCAGCGGGUGCUCAAGUGGGUACGGGACAUUGACCUGAAGGAGUAUGCGGACAACCUGACCAACAGUGGCAUCCACGGUGCCGUGUUGGUGCUGGAGCCCACAUUCAAUGCCGAGGCCAUGGCUACCGCCCUGGGCAUCCCCAGUGGGAAGCACAUCCUCCGAAGGCACCUGGCAGAGGAGAUGAGCGCCGUCUUCCACCCAGCCACCUCCUCAGGCAUCCGGGAGGCUGAGCGUUUUGGGACACCCCCAGGGAGGGCCUCCAGCAUCACGCGGGCAGGGAAGGAGGAGAACAGCGGUGGCGGUAUCAAGUACAAGGCUGGCCGGCUGCCCCUGGGGAAGAUAGGAAGGGGCUUCAGCAGCAAAGACCCCGACUUUCAUGAUGACUAUGGCUCUCUUCAAAAUGAAGACUGUGGAGAUGAUGACCCCCAGGGCAGGCCAGAGCAGUGCCGUCUGGAAGGCUACAACGGCCUCGAGGUCACCAACGUGUAAGGAAUGGAUUCUCCACCAGACCCAGCACAGACACACCCAACCAAGGACGAGUAUCCAGAUGCUGUCACCACUGUACAUAGGGACCACGGGCCAAGGAUACUCCUCUACUCCUGGGCAAAACCCCAGCAGACGGGAGCUCCAGGGAACAAGGUGGCUCCAGUCUGCCUGUCUCGAGCAGGCUGUGGACCUUCCAGCUCAGUGGAAGGACCUGUCGACAUAGCCUCUCUGUAACCCAGGCUCCCCCUCAGAGCGACUGUCAGCCAGUGAGCAGUACAGGCGGUCCCUGGAGCCUUGAACGGAGCUGCCAAGAGGGAAGGAGGCCGGCGGUUCCCCAAAACACCCUUCCAGAAGGAGCAGGCGGGACUCCAAUCAGACACGCAGAGCCCAGCACUGGCAGUGCUAGGAGCCAGCAAAGCAUGAGGCUGACCAGUGGGCCCUUCUGGCCAGCCUCAGGGAGCUCUUGGCUCCAGUCCCCGUAUCCCCGAUGACUGAGAACUCCGGUUCUGACUUGGGUCACUGAAUCUCUCUUGGGAGAAUGCAAAAUGGGAUGGUCAUUCCCUUCCAUCCUAAAAGCCGUGUGUCACACAGGGUGGACACGUAGAACGGCUAUUUGCCUUCUCCUCCCAUGAGUGGCUGCUCUGGGCAGGUGGAGGCAGGUGGGUGAUCAGGGAGGGGUGGGGCUUAGCAGCAAAGUUUCUAGGAAAUGCAGAUUUCCUGUCACUGGGAUAAAGGAUAUCCUGAGGAUAGGAGCGGGAAUGAUGGACUUAGAUCAGUGACAACCAACUGUGAUAGUGGGUUUGGGAUUGGGAGCAGGGAAAUGCUUGUCACUGUUGACCCAACAACAGUGACACUUGGUUGUGAUUUCUCAGUCACCUGAAACAGGUGUGCUUCCCAGCGCCCUCACUGAGAUGAACCUUGCAGAGCAAAGUCAUGAAGGUGAUGGAGAGAACCCCCAGCCCUUUGCCUGACUCUGCCACUAUUCUGCUGUGUGACUUCUUCCCGGUGGCCUCACCUCUCUGUGCCUCAACGUCUUCAUCUACAAUACUCCUGGCUCCCUCCCAGGGACGUCAUGAGAAUUAACACUUGCUAAUGUCUGUAACACACUUUGUAACCUCUCAGGAGACAGGUGGGAAGGUAUGGGGACAGAAGGAACGGCCCGAUAUCCCAUUCACGACACAGACAUUGAACGGGUCCUCUGCAGCUG